AAGAAACACACGCAUCAGUACAAUGCUUAGACAAAGAUUUUUACAACUACACUAAGACAGACAACAGCUUGUCGUGAGUGGAAACGCCAAGCGGAUGCUUCACAUUUAUACAUCCGGUGAAAUAUCUGUCUCAUUGUUCUAUCUGUGGCUUAGCGAUUUCGACGCACAGAUCGGUGUUCCGGUAUCAAACGUAACAUCAGUAGAGAUUACUCAGGCACUAGCUAGUAGUGUAGUUGUAUAAUACAAUUGUGUGUACGAGACUGGUGUUUUGGUGUUCGUAUCCUGUAGUUUCGAUAGAAACGUGCAAUUGGGUGAAGAGAAUGUCAAGGCCACGGUCACGAUCGCCCCACAAUUCUCACAGAGGCAGUCCACGGAGGCAGGAUGGCCGGAGGUUCCCCUGGGAUGACCCAGACUUCGACCCCCAGCAGGUUCUGGCUGACCUGGGCAGGCUGCCCUGGGAGGAGAACCGCAGCCCUGGGGAUCCUCACGAGGACCAGUGGGUCCGCUUCAUGGACGAGAUCCACCCAGAUGGCCACAGAAGACCUAUGCCUAGAGGGAACCUUUGCCCAGAAGGCCACAGAAGACCUCUUUCUCCAGGUCUCCACAGGCCUGACCACCACCUCCCCCCAGAGGACUUCCACCAUCGCAGGACCCCACCGCCCCCUCACGAGCUGGGCUACGCCGAGCGCAGGAGGCUCUCCCCCCAUGAUGGAGGAGGGGGUGACAGAGGACGAGUGAAAGAAGAAUUCCAGAGAUGCGAAGGAGAGAGGCCGCCCCACUCCCCGCAGAGGCUACCCAGAGAGAGGCUGCCAUCACUGGCCCCGCAGCACCCUCACUACAGUCCUAGCCACCACCAGAGAGAAGAGAGGGACCAAAGCCAUGGGAGGUCCAGGGACCGCAGCCCCAGGGAGAGGGUUCAGGGUGGGGGGAAGUGGGAGAGGAGGGGUGGGGGUGGAGAUUUUUCCGGUUCCUAUAGAGACAGGAGGAAAGACGACAUGCAAAGAGAGCGGAGCACCAUCUCUGACCGGAACCGGAGGGAAACUGUUGAAGCGGUGAAUCCUGGGUACAGGAGGGAGACAGAGUUUAGGGAGCGCCGCCCCUCGUUGGAGAUGCCCCGGGAAGGGUACGACGGAGGAAGGCCACUGGGGUGCAGUGGCCCCUCAGGGGGCCAUGAUGGCCAGGGGCCUGGAACCCUCAUCGUGGAGCAUGACCAUGGUAUAAUGAACAGCGGGGAGCCAGAACCGUACUACAACCACAAGGGCCCCGACCGCAACCGGAGCCACAGCCACGACCGAUUCGGUCACCAUCAUAACCGGGUCGGAGCCUCUGAGGAGCGGUUCAGGAAGUCAGGCAGCAGAUCCAAUACCAGAGAGGAGUCCAGGGGCCGGCCUGCACAUGAGGAGAGGAGGGGCCCUGUCCAUGAGGAGAGGAGGGGCCCUGUCCAUGAGGAGAGGAGGGGCCCUGUCCAUGAGGAGAGGAGGGGCCCUGUCCAUGAGGAGAGGAGGGGCCCUGUCCAUGAGGAGAGGAGGGGCCCUGUCCAUGAGGAGAGGAGGGGCCCUGUCCAUGCGGAGAGGAGGGGCCCUGUCCAUGCGGAGAGGAGGGGCCCUGUCCAUGCGGAGAGGAGGGGCCCUGUCCAUGAGGAGAGGAGGGGCCCUGUCCAUGCGGAGAGGAGGGGCCCUGUCCAUGAAGAGAGGAGGGGCCCUGUCCAUGAAGAGAGGAGGGGCCCUGUCCAUGAGGAGAGGAGGGGCCCUGUCCAUGAAGAGAGGAGGGGCCCUGUCCAUGAAGAGAGGAGGGGCCCUGUCCAUCAAGGGAGGAGAGAGCCUACACACAACGAGAGCAGAGGGACUAUACAUGAGUCCAGAAGAAGCCCUAACCGUCAGGGGAGCGCCAUCCCCAUAGGCUUCCAGGAUAGAGGUAGUCCCACAGAUCCCAAGGCCAGAAACAGUGCAUUCUGUGGGGCGAGGGGGGUCCCAGCCCGGGGUGGCAAGAGACAGAUGGGGCCCUCCAGGAACCAACCUCUCCUCCAGGGACAGCAGGGGUACGGACCCCGGGAUGCCAACACCCAGCACUCCCUUCCGGAGCACCAGCGGUACCAACCCAGAGGAGGCAACUGGGACAUGGAGCCCAGAAUGGAGGAGCCCGGCUGGGCAGAGGAGCGCGACAUGGAGCAGGACCGGGGACCAGGGCCGCGAGGAGGCCGGCCGCCAGCACGGGGCAGGAUGGGACCCAGGAAACCUCAGCUUAGAGAUCUCAAUCCCAACUGGAACCAGCAUCAGAACGACAUGGCAAUGCCUCGCAUAGGCGCCGGCAAGGAGGAGACACUCACCAUCAAAGUGGACAUGAAGCGCACCAUGGGCCAGAAUAGCCAGCUGUGCUACUCUUCAGACCGCCAGCUGUCGUUGGAUCUGGUCAACGUGGGCCGCAGGCGCCUCGACUUCCUACCCAUGCUAGAGCAUUCUGGGACGUACCGGGAGUCCACAAUGCACUCUGGGACUUUUGCCCAGGAGAUCAUCACCCUGGUGCACCAGGUGAAAGAGCAUUACUUUAGGGGUGAUGGUGUAACGCUGACUGAGCGUUUCUGUGGUGCCCAAGAUGGAGGUCUGCCUGAGGAGGAGCAGGAGGAAGAGAGGCCUACUCUGAACAGGCGGUUCAACAUGAGUCUGUCAGAGCCUGAUAUGGAACCUCUCUUCUCCAAAGUUGGCCGCAUGCAGAGGCAGCAGCAGGUGGUGAGUGACCCAGGAGACCUGAGACAUGACCUGGAGAGGAGGAGACUGGAGAGGCUGGAGGGGGUGAAGGUCACCAUCCCUGGAGGCAGGCUCUCACAGUGCCCCCUGGCUGCCGGGAGUGACCAUCACGAAGAGUAUGGUAGUGAGGAAGAGGAGGUUCAGGAGGAAGAGGAGGGCUUCUCUUCAGGCUGGCCAGGCCUACCACAGAGAGGAGGGAGGUGGCCUGGAGAGAUGAGGAGAGGAGGCAUGGUUAGACAAAACAUGGGCGGCCAGCUGAGGAACAACCGGCCUCCUAAUUGCCCCGGCAACCAUCCUGGACCAAUGAAACAACAGAACCGCAGUAUUAACGGUGCCAACUGGUGAAUGGACUCUUGGAUGGAGCCAGGGGUUAUGUGAGGUUAGCUGUUAAGGUCAGAGGAGUGACCGGGCCAGCUCUAUACACUGAAUAUUCAAAAGUAUGUGGACACCCCUUCAAAUUAGUGGAUUCAGCUAUUUCAGCCACACCCGUUGCUGACAGGUGUAU